AUGGGAGCCGUAUUCAGCUGUUGCAAACACCAUGCCGGCGAGGAGAAUGAAGCUUUGCUGAGGGAACAGCAAGCAGGCUAUGGAAGUCAAGGAAACGCAAAUGACGGAUACGAUGCUGAACAAAUGCGAUUGAAGGAGCACGAACAGAAACUGCUGGCCAGGGAACAAGAAUUAAGAGACAUUGUUGCAAACACUAACGAUAAAUUAAUAGACAUAUCAAUGAUAAACAAUAGUGGUAUUGUGAUUCAAGGGACAGACCUGCAAGAAGCGCUUGAUAAGAGACAACAAGAAGAGGGUGGAGAUUCCCGAGAAGAUGAAAGAAGUGCAGCCGGUGACAACGUCAGCGGGAGUUCAGUGCCCUCGAGCCGAUCUGCAGAGGGAGCCACUCGCCAAACACCACCAAAGACGAAUACAUUCACUGUGCUUGCAUCGGCUGAUUUAGCUAAAAUAUCAAAAGAACAGCUAAAGAAGCUACACUCUAGUAUAGUAAAAGAAAUUCUCAGCCAGUCCCAAGUAAACAAACCAGGUCCCUUGACGGUUCCCUUUUAA